AUGGCCUGCUUGCUGUGUCUGUGUGGCUGCCUGCUGGCGGGCCUCACCUGGUGGGCGUGGCGGUGGCUGUGUGCCCCCCGGGAGCCCCCCCGGGAGCCCCCCCGCCUCCCCGCGCUGCCCCUCAUCGGCAGCCUGCUGAGCCUGCGCAGCCCGCUGCCCCCCCACCGGCUCUUCCAGGACCUGCAGAGGAAGUACGGGCCCACCUUCUCCCUGAUGCUGGGCCCGCACCGCGUCCUGGUCGUCAACCACCACCGCCACGCCCGGGAGGUGCUGCUGAAGAAGGGCCGGGCGUUCGCCGGGCGACCCCGGACGGUAACCACAGACGUCCUGACACGAGACGGGAAAGACAUCGCAUUCGGUGACUACAGCGCCACCUGGAGGUUUCACAGGAAGAUCGUCCACGGAGCGCUGAGCAUGUUUGGGGAAGGAUCUGCCUCCAUCGAGAAGAUCAUCUGUGCAGAGGCCUCGGCGCUGUGCGGCGUCCUGUCGCAGUCCUCCUGUCUGGACCUGUCCCCGGAGCUGACCCGGGCCGUCACCAACGUGGUCUGCUGGCUGUGCUUCAGCUGCUCCUACUCCCGAGGAGACCCCGAGUUCGAGGCCAUGCUGCGCUACAGCCAGGGCAUCGUGGACACCGUGGCCAAGGACGGCCUGGUGGACAUCUUCCCCUGGCUGCAGGUCUUCCCCAACGCAGACCUGCGCAGGCUGAGGCAGUGCGUCUCCGUCCGGGACCGGCUGCUCCAGGACAAAUACCUCCAGCACCAGGCAGACUACAGUGACCAUGUGCAGAGGGACCUGCUGGACGCCCUGCUCAGGGCCAAGCGCAGUGCGGAGAACCACAACACUGCGGAGUGUGUGGACCUGAGUGAGGACCACCUCCUCAUGACGGUGGGGGACAUCUUUGGAGCUGGGGUGGAGACCACCACUACCGUCCUCAAGUGGGCCGUCACCUAUCUCGUCCAUCACCCCCAGGUGCAGCGGCGGAUCCAGGACGAGCUGGACCGUCGGAUCGGGGGGGAUCGAGCCCCGCGGCUCAGCGACAGAGGCAGCCUGCCCUACCUGGAGGCCACCAUCCGAGAGGUGCUCCGGAUCCGCCCGGUGGCCCCGCUCUUCAUCCCCCAUGUGGCGCUCACGGACACCAGCAUCGGAGACUUCACUGUGAGGAAAGGAACCCGAGUCGUCAUCAACCUCUGGUCUCUGCACCACGAUGAAGAGGAGUGGACCGACCCGGAGCGCUUCGACCCCGGACGCUUCCUGAACAGCGACGGUUCGGGCGUGACCGUGCCGUCGCCCAGCUACCUGCCGUUCGGCGCCGGGGUCAGGGUCUGCCUGGGCGAGGCCUUGGCCAAGAUGGAGCUCUUCCUCUUCCUUUCCUGGAUCCUGCAGCGCUUCCACCUGUCCGUCCCCCCGGGACACCCGCUGCCCAGCCUGGAGGGGAAGUUCGGGGUGGUCCUGCAGCCGGCCCGGUACCAGGUGAACGCCACGCCCAGAGCGGGCUGGGACCACGCCUCCCCACCUCAUGGCCAGUGA